AUGAAGGUGGCUCUUAUAGGCGGGACAGGAGAGACGGGCAGCACCAUUGUCAAUGCUCUUCUCGAAUCGGACAUUCCAGCCUUGAAAAUUAUCGCCAUUGUUCGACCUGCCUCUGAGAGGAAGCCUGAUGUUGUCGCGCUUGAGAAGAGAGGAGUUGCCGUCGCCGUAGUUGAUCUUGAGGGGCCAAGGGCUGAGCUCGUUGAUGUUCUGGAGGGCGCUGACGUCCUGAUCUCGGCCAUCCACGUCAGUGCGCUUGGCAGCCAGAUUCCUCUUGCCGACGCCGCCAAGGCCGCAGGUGUAAAGCGAUUCGUUCCUUGUUUCUUCGCCACCGUUGCGCCAGCCAAAGGUGUCUUGACGUUGCGCCAGCUGAAAGAGGAGGCUCUGCUUCAUGCAAAGAAGAUUCGGCUUCCGUACACGGUCAUUGAUGUCGGUUGGUGGUAUCAGCUCAGCAUUCCGCGCCUCCCGUCUGGACGCAUUGAUUCGGCUACCCCUUUGCCGGUUAACUUCAUUGCUGGCGAUGGCAGCACUCUUUCUGCACUGACGGAUGUGAGAGACGUUGGAAGGUUCACAGCGCGUAUCAUCGCUGAUCCCCGUACCAUCAACAAGAUGAUGCCUGCCGAGGCUAUGGAAAACGCUAUUGCUGCUGAGUCUUUGACGGCAGACGCCAUCGAGAAGAGUGCUUUUGAUAACAGGAUGAAGAUCUUUUACGAGUAUUGGUACUCCAUGGGAGUCCGCGGAGACAACACCCUAGAGUAUGCCGAGUUUCUCGGGUACGUUGACGGCACUAAGUUGUACCCUGACUUUCAGCCCAUCACAUUUGAGGCUUUCCUGAAGGAAGUCCUUGAUGGAAAGCCGGUAGCUAUCUAUCGCACUCUUGAGCAAAAUGUAGCCAAAGCCGAAAAGAAAGCUAAGGCUUGA